AUGGACAGAUUGGCCCUGCAAGCAAGACAUCAGCCUAGAUCAUCAUCCCGCGUGGGAAUAGGGACCACCUACCCGGUCAGCACGAUCUCGUCAUCCACCCCGUACAGCUUCAUGUGCUGUAGCCCCCAGCCUUCGUUGAUCCGCUUGGGAAUACACCGCCUGCGGAGACCCGUGAGGUUCGGCGUGUGGUACAUACGCAGCUCGACGCGAUCGGCCCCGAACUCGGCCACUAGCGGUGCCAGCAACGAGGCGCACGACGGCGCAGGAGACUCGCGCGUGCCACGGAGCGCGUCAGUGACGAUCGAAAGCUUCAGGGCCGGUUUUGCGCGCAAUGCCGUCUGCAGAGUGUUGAUCUAUCCUCGGAUUUUCGGCAGGAAAAAGAUUGAAGAAAAGAAGAAGAAAACCACGCACCAGCUCUGUUUCCGACUUGCCAAUGUAGAGCGUCGACAAGAAGAUGCGAUGCUCAGCACCACGGAUCAUCGUCUUGAGCGUCUCGUAAAACUCAGCUGGCGUCUCGAGCACCCGUACUUGCGACCCGUGAAUGCGGAAGCACGGCGCGAUGCGGUCUAA